CCCAAAACUGAUUGCUAUUGGGCGAAACUGUGAACCCAAUCCCCAUCAUCUCCCACAAAUGGCCGCACCUCUCUCUCUCUCCUUAGUUUACAAGCACAAACCUCUGCAUUUGUUCGCCGCCCAAAAGCCAUUUUCCCCUCUCCGCUGUCCAUCACUUUCACUGCCCCAUUCACGAAGAUGGCGUAACCUCAAUCCACCCGAUGCAUUCACCCCCAAAAACACCAAAACAUGGAAAAUCUCCGCAGAAGCAACUCCAGCUGAGAAUUCUCAAGCAAUAGUUCCGACUAGCGACGAUGGUGUCUCGACUAUUAUAUCAGCUCUCCUUCUCAUCGCUUUUAUCGGUUUAACCAUUCUCACCGUAGGGGUUAUCUACAUAGCUGUGACGGACUUCUUGCAGAAGAGGGAGGGAGACAAGUAUAAGAAAGAAGAAGCUGAGAGGAAGAAGAAGGGUAGUAAGAAAGGGAAAGUUAGAGCCAGAGCUAGAGAUGGACCUAGAGGUUUUGGGCAGAAGAUCCAACAAGAUGAUGAUGAUGAUUUUGAUCUUGAUUAGGCAACAGAAUUUCAUGACAUUUGCAGCUUUGUUUGUGGAGGAAUAUGAUCUAAUAUAUAUCUGCAUUUUUUGAGAAAUGUUAUUUACUGCUGCUUCCUAUGUUUA